AUGAGUACAAAGAGAAAAGACAUAAUAAAACUUAUGAAAACGAUGAAUAUUGAUCCAUCUACAUUUUCUGAGGAAGAUAUAAGAUAAUUUGAAUAAGGAUAAGUGAUGAUGAGUGACAGUGAAUCAGAUAGCAUGAGAGAUUCUGUGUCUAUAGCAGAUAUAGAGAAUUAUUAAUAAAAUAAGCAUAAUAGAGGUGGAAAUAAUCAUGACACAGUCAAUAUGAAAAAUGUAAUAUAAAUAAUAGAUUAAAUUAUAGAAUUAUUCAUCUAUUGUAGGAAUGCAAGAGAAAUAAAUAGCAUUUUUAAAUGCAGAAAUUAAACGUAUUUAAGCAGCUAAUGAUGCUGAUAGACAAAGAGUGUUUGCAAAUCAUAGAAUAGAGACUGAUAAACUUUUAAGUGAAAUAAAAUAAUUGAAGUCUAAGAUGAUAUAUUAAGAGUCGCAAUUACCAGGAAUAAGAGAGGCUUUAGCAUAAGUUAGAGAUAUGUUAGCUGGAUUAGUACCAGAAGCUGUAUAUUUGAGAUUAAGAGAUAUGAAUGAAAAGGAAAUGCCUAUUUAGGAUUGGGUAUUAGUUUAAGUUUGGGAAAUUGUUUAUCCAUUUAAAAAAGAAGGAGAAUUCUAAAAAAAAGAAAUAUUAGCAUUAAGAGAAGAACUUAGACAAAUUACAGAAAAACAUUAAUUCUUAUUGAAUGAUUUAGAACAUGGUUAAAAAAUGAUGGUUGAUAGAGAAGAAGAUAUUAGAAGACAUAAAUUAAAUUAUGAUAAUGCUAGAAAAGCAUUAGAAUUGGAAUUAACUAAAUCUUAAGAAGAAUUAGCAUUAUUGAGAGAAAAAGGAGCUAGAUUUGAUGAAUUAAGUAGAGAUUAUAAAAGAUUGGAAUAAGAAAAGUUUUUAUUAGAAGAGAAAUCUGGUUUCUAUUAAAAUAAUUAAAGUUCUGAUAAGGCUGGAGAUUAAUAUAAAGCAUAAGAUGAUGCUAAGAGAAAAGGAGAUCUUUUAUAAUAAGAUAAAGAAUAUUUAACUAAAGAAAAUAUUUAAUUAUUAGAAAAAGUUAAAAGAUUAGAAGAUAAAUUAGAUAGAACAGAAAAAGAGUAUUUGGAAGCAAAAAAUUAAGCUUAGGAAUAUUUAUUUUAAUUACUUAAUUCAAAAACUGAUUAGACUUAAGCUUAUGAGAAAAGGAUUUAUUCUGAAAUUGCAGAUCUUAAAGAAAAACAUCAUCAUGAAUUAGAAAUUGCUAAAUAAAAUUUAGUUGAUAUUUAUGAAACAUAGAUAAAAUUUUUGAAAGAUGCAAAAGAAGAAAUAUAACUUCGAAAAGAUAAUCUUGAAGGUUAAGUAAAAGAAAAACAAACGUUAUAUGAUCAUUUAUUGAUUGAUUAUAGAAACUUAUAAAGAAAAUUAGAUGGAGAUUUAUCUGAAUAGAGAAUUUAAUUAAGAUUAAAAGUAGAAGAACUUGAUAGAGUUUAAAAUAUAUAUGAAGAUACUCUAGCUAAUCUUAAAGCAACUAAACAUGAGAAUGAAAUGUUAAGAGAAAAAAUUAAUGUAUUGAAAGCAGAAUAUUAUAAAUGUUAAGUUGAAGCUAAAGAAUAAAUGAGCAAUAUAAAUGCUUAAUUAUAAGUUGCAAAAGAAUAAUUAACAAAUUAUGAAGGAAUCGAAAGAGAAAUUGAUGAUGCCAUUAUGAAAUCAGCAGGAAAUGAUUAUGAUGCAAUGAAUCCUUUAUUAGGAUUUAUGGGAACUGUACCAACCUCUUCUAAAAGAAGAAUCUAACAAGCUUUAAAUUUAGCAUAAAGACUUUAAGCUAAAUAAAGAGAAUCAGAAGAAUUGUAAAAAUAAUUAAGAGAAAAACAAUCAGAAAUUGAAAGGUUAUAAGAAGAGACUAAAUUAUAAAGGGAUGUUCUUGAUAAGACUCAUCAACCGUAAUUAUUUAAUAUAUAUCAUUUAGUCAUUCUUAUUUGGUAGCACAUAUAGAAGAAAAAGAUAGAGAGAUCUUGAAAUAUAAAAGUUUAUUGAAGAAAUUAGAUUAAGAUUAUAUGAUUUUGAAAGCUGAAAAUGAAGAUAUUGCAAAUGUAUAGAGAAUUUAUUUAUAAAUAGAGAUUCAUGAGAGCUGAAGAAGAUUUAUAGAGAUUGAGAAUCAAAAGAUAGAAUCUAUAAAAUAUAUAGAAUAUUUUAAUUGGCAUAGCCACUGGUAGUUAAAAUGAUAUGAGAUAAAAUUUAAGAAGUGCAAUAAAUGAAAUGUCUGAAGCAUUAAAUACAAAAACUUAUAUUGAUCCAUAAAGUGCUUAAUAACGGAAAGGUAUAAAUUUAAAUAUUUUUUAGGAGGUGCUCAAAAUAGUCAAUAAAAAGAAUAGGAAGGACCUACAUGGUAUUCAAAAUUAAAACAAAAAUAGAAUAAAUGA